AUGGCUAACACUUCUGGCUAUGUAAACCUUCUAAAUAGUCAAAUUCCCAUUGACCUUGAUUCACCCGAACCUAUUUGGUUCGGUAGCCAAGUUCCUGAUGAGUCUGGUGUGAAGGAGAGGAGGAAGUGGUCUCCCAAAGAGGAUAAAAUCCUUAUUGGUGCUUGGCUUAACACCAGUAAGGACCCUGUUGUCAGCAAUGAGCAGAAAGCUGAUGCUUUCUGGAACCGUAUUGUCGACUACUACAACGCAAGCCCUCACCUGGUUGGGACAAUACCGAGGAAGCUUCGUCCUUGCAAGCAGAGGUGGGCUCGGAUUAACGAGCAAGUAUCCAAGUUUGCUGGAUGCUAUGAUGCGGCCCUGAGGGAGCAGAGAAGUGGUCAAAAUGAUGAUGAUGUGAUGAAAGCUGCGUUAGACAUUUUCUUCAAUAAUAACGGCUACAAGUUCACCCUGGAUCACUGCUGGAGGGAGCUCAGGCAUGACCAGAAAUGGUGCGCCACUCAUAUGGCUAAGGACGGUGGAAAGGAGAAGCGCAAACCAGCAUUGGAGGUUGAUAGAGAAGAAGGGGAAGAGGGAGAACCAGAGGGUAGAACUCCCGGGGUAAAGGCUGCGAAAGCUGGUUGUAAGAAGAAGAAGAAGAGUAUUAGAGAGGAGGAGUUGACGAAGCUGCAGGGUGUUUUAGAAAUGAAAGAAAAACUAUCUAGACAUAAAGUCCUUGAUCAUUUACUCGCGAAAACCGAGCCACUCUCUGACAUGGAGACUAGUUUUAAACUCAAACUAAUGUCUGAAAUGUUAUGA